AUGGCUGAAAAUAUGGAUGUCAUUGCUACUGGAAGCAUUGAAGGAUCUCCCCGAACUCCAGCUUCAACCACCAAGGACCAAUCUAAGGGUCAGGUUGUGCAAGUUUCGGUACCAUUGGUACCAACGGUCUCAACGGUUCCUGUGAACCAUAAUGAGAAACCGGAUAAGUUCACUGGGGAUCCUCCCUUUAUUGGAGAGGAUGAGAUAGAUGUGCAAACUCAGCAAGCAAUUGACGCUUGGAAGCACGCUAAAUUCCUGUGUAGGAAUUAUCUUCUGAAUGACUUAUCUGACACUCUGUAUGGUGUGUACAGUGUGAAGAAAACAACCAAAGAAUUGUGGAACUCUUUGGACCACAAAUAUAAGGCUGAAGAUGCUGGCACCAAGAAAUUCUUGGUUGGUCAAUUCUUGAACUUCAAGAUGGUAGACUCCAAGAAUGUGAUAAGCCAAGUGCAAGAGCUUCAAUUGAUCAUCCACGGGAUCCAUGCUGAAGGAAUGGUUUUGAGUGAAUCAUUCCAAGUAGCUGCAAUUAUUGAGAAGCUACCCCCUGCAUGGAAAGACUUCAAGAACUAUUUGAAGCACAAGCGAAAGGAAAUGAGUGUUGAAGAUCUCAUUCUCAGACUUCGCGUUGAAGAGGAUAACCAAGGUAAUGAGAAGCGAACCUUGAAUCCUAAUGCUGCCAAGGCAAACUUGAUGGAGCAUGAUAGAGGCUCAAAGGGGAAGAAUCCUAAGCACAAGCAAGGGCCCAAGUUGGGACCGAAAUGUGGAGUUGUAAAGAAGCCAAAGUUCCAAGGGAAGUGCUUUAACUGUGGCAAGAUGGGACAUAAAUCAUCUGAGUGCAAAUUGCGCAAGAAGAAAGGCAAUGAGACCUAUAUGGUGGACGCGAUAUCCCAAGAGGUCGCUGAAUUAGACUUAUGUGUCGUGGUCUCUGAAGUCAACCUGGUGGAUGAGAAUCCAAAGGAAUGGUGGCUCGACACUGGAGCUACUCGUCAUAUAUGUGCAAGCAAGUCAGCAUUCUCUGAUCUGACUACACUAGAAAAUGGAGAGAAGCUCUACAUGGGCAACUCGGCAACCUCUGAGAUAAAAGGGGAAGGAACUGUCUUCUUGAAGAUGACGUCUGGAAAGAAUGUCAAGCUGUAA